GAUGGAGGAAAGGCUUCUGGGAACAGAAGCAGAAGACAUAAGUAGUCUGUCCGGGAAGGUCUGGGCGGAAUCAAAGAAAAUAUGGAGAGUUACCUUCCCUGCUAUGCUGGCCAGAGGGACGUCUUUUGGAAUCCUUCUAGUGACGCAAGCAUUCAUCGGGCAUAUUGGUGAUACAGAGCUCGCCGCUUAUGCGCUCGUUCAAAUCAUUGGCAUUCGAUUUGCCUGCGGAAUAAUUUUGGGCAUGUCUAGUGCAACUGAAACAUUAUGUGGGCAAGCAUUCGGUGCAAAGCAAUACCACAUGUUAGGCAUUUACUUGCAAAGAUCUUGGAUCAUCAAUCCGGUCACUGUGACCAUCUUGGUCCCAGUCUAUGUCCAUACCUCGUCCAUUUUCAAGCUUCUCGGUGAAGAAGAUGAAAUAGCUGAAGCCGCUGGUCACAUUGCCCUGUGGUUCAUCCCAAUCCUCUACUCCUUUGCUUUCAGCCUGACCAUCCAAAAGUUCUUACAGUGCCAGCUCAAGAACACCAUCAUAGGAUGGCUCUCUUCCAUCUCGUUUGCAGUUCAUGUCCUGUUGUCUUGGCUCUUUGUGUAUGUACUUGAUUGGGGAAUCCCAGGAGCGAUGGGAGCAUUAAUAAUAUCGAAUUGGUUACUAGUGAUAGGAGAGUUUGUGUAUAUGUUUGGAGGAUGGUGCAAAAGUACUUGGAAGGGGUUCACCUGGGCGGCAUUCGCCAACUUAUGGCCAGUCAUAAAGCUUUCGGUAUCCUCUGGCAUCAUGUUGUGCUUGGAGUUGUGGUACAAUGCUGUCUUAGUCCUCUUGGCAGGAUACAUGACAAAUGCCGCUGUUGCAAUAUCUGCCUUCUCGAUUUGCCUCAACAUCUCAGCUUGGGAGCUCAUGGUAGGCCUCGGUUUCCUAACUGGGGCUAGCGUGAGGGUGUCCAAUGAAUUGGGGCGAGGAAACGCAAAAGCGGCGCUGUUCGCCAUUAAAGUCAUCUUGGGCACCUCAAUUAGCAUUGGAGUUGUCUUUUGGAUCUUGUGCCUAGUUUUCGGUCGACAGAUUGCCUACAUAUUCACAAGUGAGGAAGACGUUGCAGAAGAGGUUUCAAGCCUCUCAGUUCUCCUUGCCUUCUCUAUUUUACUCAACAGUGUUCAGCCAGUUCUCACAGGUGUGGCGGUAGGUUCCAGGAGACAAAGCAUGGUUGCCUAUGUUAACAUAGGUUCCUAUUACGUGAUCGGAGUUCCUCUUGGAGUUGUGCUCGCAUAUGUCGCCAAGUUGGAAGUUCAGGGUAUAUGGAUAGGGAUGAUAAUCGGAGUCGCAACUCAGACAGCGGUUCUCUGUUUCAUUACAUACAGAACGAACUGGGACGAGCAGGUAAAUGCAAAUUUUAGGACCAUAUCAGUUACAUGCCUUCACAUUACAUGUGCUGCCGGAGUUGAAUUAGCCGGAUAUAUAAGCAAGAACUCAAGAUUCUUUUGUUUUUGUCUCCCUUUCGUGAUGAAAGAUUUCUAA